ACAUAUGUAUGCAUAUAGUUAAAAUUUUGACACCCUACAUUUAUACCAUAGAGAGAUAAGAUAGUUAAAAAUACUAGUAGAUACUGUUAUCAGUACUUGCGGUAUUUAAAGUGGCUUACCAAAUUCGAAUCAAAAUACAUAUAUUCAUGCCCUGAUUAAAGUAGGAGUUAUAAAAGUUUGAUUUUGUUAUGCUGGUAUUCAGUCAUAUUCAAGCAAUAACUGGAGGUAGACGCAAAAUGAUUUCAAGUGGCAUAAUUCCGGACAUUAUUGACACCAGUCCUAAAGGUCUAGUACAGGUUACUUAUCCAAGUGGUGUUAAAGUAGAAUUUGGUAAGGAAUUGACCCCCACUCAGGUAAAGGAUGAACCCACAGUCAGUUGGGAGGCGGAAGAUAAUGCCCUGUAUGCAUUGUUUAUGGUAGACCCCGAUGCACCAUCACGUGCCGAGCCAACUAAUCGGGAAAUUUUACACUGGUUGGUUAUAAAUAUUCCAGGCAAUAAAGUAACUGAAGGUCAAACUGUUGCAGAAUAUAUUGGCUCUGGUCCCGCAGAGGAGAGUGGCUUGCACCGUUAUGUUUUCUUAGUUUUCAAGCAACAGAGCAAGAUUGAAAGUACAAAAUUCAUAUCAAAAUCGGCUCGUGAAGGUCGUGUUAGAGUGAAGACAAGAGAUUUCAUUGCGAAAUAUAAUUUGGGUGAUCCGAUCGCUGGAAACUUUUAUCAGGCGCAAUACGAUGAUUAUGUGCUGAUCUUAAGAGCACAGCUUGUUGACUAAUUACAAAAACAAAUUUUUAUAACACAUAUUUUGUGUAUUUUAUUUAUACGUUUGUAUAUGCAUACAUACGCAUGUGAAAACACAUACUUAUAUCAAAUUAAAAAAGUCAUUAAUGUAGAUACAAA